AUGUAUUGUACCCAGCAUUUAUUUGAUGAAGAUAUGAAUCUUCGUGUUGAAAUGUCCAAACGUUUAAUACCCAUUCUUGAAGAUCAAGCAAAUUAUGAACUUGUUUUUCAACAGGAUGGUGCAUCAUCCCAUUUUUCAAACGACGUUCGUGCAUGGUUACAUGAAAACAUUGAUGGAAGAUGGAUUGGUAGAGGUGGUGCAAUAUCCUGGGCGCCUCGAUCUCCAGACCUCACACCUCUUGACUUUUUUUAUGAAGUUUUAUCAAGACAAAGGCAUACACAAGCAAUAUCGAAGAUAUUGAUGAUUUAA